UUUUUGCUGGCCGGGUUGCAAGUUCAACGGUGCCAUGGCCGCGAUCAAGGCGGUAAACUCCAAGGCUCAGGUGGCGCGGACCCAGGCGGCCUUGGCUGUCAAUAUAUGCGCCGCCCGAGGGCUGCAGGAUGUGUUGCGUACCAACUUGGGGCCUAAGGGCACCAUGAAAAUGCUUGUUUCUGGUGCAGGUGACAUCAAACUUACCAAAGAUGGCAAUGUACUACUCCAUGAGAUGCAAAUUCAACACCCAACAGCUUCCCUGAUAGCAAAAGUAGCAACAGCCCAGGAUGACAUUACAGGAGAUGGUACUACUUCCAAUGUUCUAAUUAUUGGAGAGUUACUAAAACAAGCUGAUCUUUACAUUUCUGAGGGCCUGCAUCCUAGAAUAAUAGCUGAAGGAUUUCAAGCUGCAAAGAUAAAAGCACUUGAAGUUUUGGAAGAAGUUAAAAUUAACAAAGAGAUGAAAAGAGAAAUCCUCUUAGAUGUGGCUAGAACAUCUCUACAAACUAAAGUUCAUGCUGAAUUGGCUGAUGUGUUAAUAGAGGCUGUUGUGGAUUCUGUUUUGGCUGUUAGAAGACCAGGUUAUCCUAUUGAUCUCUUCAUGGUAGAAAUCAUGGAGAUGAAGCAUAAAUCAGAAACAGAUACAAAAUUGAUCAGAGGAUUAGUUUUGGAUCAUGGUGCCCGUCAUCCAGAUAUGAAGAAGCGAGUGGAAGAUGCAUUUAUCCUUACUUGCAAUGUGUCACUAGAAUAUGAAAAAACAGAGGUGAGCUCUGGUUUCUUUUAUAAGACUGCUGAAGAGAAAGAGAAAUUGGUAAAAGCUGAAAGAAAGUUUAUUGAAGAUAGACUACAAAAAAUAAUAGACCUGAAAGACAGAGUCUGUGCUCAGUCCAAUAAAGGAUUUGUUGUCAUUAAUCAAAAGGGAAUUGAUCCAUUUUCCUUAGAUGCUCUUGCAAAACAUGGCAUAGUAGCUCUUCGCAGAGCAAAAAGAAGAAAUAUGGAAAGACUCUCUCUUGCUUGUGGUGGAAUGGCUGUGAAUUCUCUUGAAGACCUCAGUGUAGAUUGCUUGGGACAUGCUGGUCUUGUACAUGAGUAUAUAUUAGGUGAAGAAAAGUUCACUUUUAUCGAGGCCUGUGUUAACCCUCGUUCUGUCACCUUGUUGGUUAAAGGACCGAAUAAGCAUACUCUCACACAAAUCAAGGACGCUAUCAGGGAUGGACUUCGUGCCAUCAAAAAUGCCAUUGAAGAUGGCUGUGUGGUUCCGGGAGCAGGUGCAGUUGAAGUGGCAAUAGCGGAGGCUCUUGUUAAUUACAAGCACAGUAUAAAAGGAAGAGCUCGUCUUGGAGUCCAAGCUUUUGCUGAUGCCCUGCUCAUUAUUCCUAAGGUUCUUGCUCAGAAUUCUGGUUUUGACCUGCAGGAAAUGCUAGUAAAAGUUCAGGCUGAACAUUCAGAAUCAAAACAACCUGUUGGCAUAGAUUUGGAUACAGGUGAGCCCAUGGUAGCAGCAGAUGCAGGAGUUUGGGAUAAUUAUUGUGUGAAAAAACAACUUCUUCACUCUUGCACGGUGAUUGCCACCAACAUUCUCCUGGUUGAUGAAAUUAUGCAAGCUGGUAUGUCUUCUCUUAAAGGAUGAUUGAGUUCAAAAUCAACUCUUCUAGAAGCUGAGAUUUAGUGCAUUUACAUCAACUACCAUUAUAUAGCCUGAGCCAUUCUUAAUUUUUGCACAAUAAAAGCAGUUUAUAUUUGUUGGCCUUAGCAGUCUCAAUAAUACUUCAUCAAGGUAUAAAGAACACGAGAAGUACUUUCACAGUAAAGG